GCAAAGUUGCAUUGGGCACAGUAAGACAUGCAGAAGGCAUUCUAAAACAUAGGGUUGUAUUCGUAGGUGAACCGAACUAGCCAUGUUCCGGAUUUUAGACAGAUUCAUGAGGUUUGAUGGGGAAAACAUGUACAUGAGUAUGAAUGAAAGUAACCAGGACUUCCUUUCUUCAAAUCAGACAUACAACGGUCAAAGUGAAAGCAAUGAGGACUAUGAGAUCCCUCCCAUCACACCUCCGAAUCUACCAGAUCACUCCCUGAUGCACUUGGUGGACCAUGAGUCUGGAUAUCAUUCACUGUGUCACAGCCUCCCUCCAAAUAGCUUGAUACCCGCCUACUCCUACCAGAACAUGGACCUACCUGCCAUCAUGGUCUCCAACAUGUUAAGCCAAGAAGGACAUCUCCUCUCCUCACAGCUGCCCACAAUACAGGAGCUGGUACACUCUGAAGGAUCCUCUUAUGACCACAACCAUCAAGUUUCACUGAUAAACCGGUCCGGAAUGCUCCCCAGUCACAUGAGCGCUCUCAGCCAAUCGCAGCUUAUCUCACAAAUGGGAAUGAAGAGUGCAGUUACACAUGGCUCUCCUUCCCCUCCGGGUAGUAAAUCGGCCACUCCCUCACCUUCUAGCUCCACCCAAGAGGAGGACACUGACUCUCACUAUAAGGGUGCGGGAGAAAAAAGACCUUCCAAUGACCUUGGUAAAAAACCCAAGAACCAGAAGAAGAAGAAGAAAAAGGACCCCAAUGAGCCCCAGAAACCCGUCUCCGCCUACGCCCUCUUUUUUAGGGAUACUCAAGCAGCCAUCAAAGGACAGAACCCCAAUGCCACCUUUGGCGAUGUGUCCAAGAUUGUUGCAUCAAUGUGGGACGGCCUGGGCGAAGAACAAAAACAGGCCUACAAGAGGAAGACUGAGGCAGCAAAGAAAGAAUAUUUAAAGGCCCUUGCAGCUUACAGGGCAAGCCUGGUCUCCAAGAGCUACACUGACCAAGGAGAAGCCAAGAAUUCCCAACCCAAUCAGCCCUCCAAAAUGAUUCUCCCAAAACAAUCCAUGUAUAACAUGCCCCCACAGUCAUCUUCCCCCUACCCCGGCCUUGCCUCUUUUCUGUCCCCUGCCGAAUUGCAAAGUUACCGUGGCCACCCUCACCCAAGCCUUUCCCGAACCCUCAAUGCCAAAUCAAUGUUGCCCAGCCUUAGUGCCUCUCCUCCGCCCCCUUUCCAGAUUAGUCCUCCCCUCCACCAGCACAUGCGCCACCCUCCCAGCUCUCUCCUCAAUCAAUCUAUGAAUAUGCAGCAAGGACAACAACCUUCCAUCCUCCCCUCCUCCAUGGGACUACAGUCACCGAUGAGAUCAUCUCCCACAGGUCAACAGGACUUCUCACAUCUCCCAUCAGAAUUUUCAAGCAAUGUUGGCCCACGAUCCCCAGCCUCCUCCAAUCCCCCAGGAAACACAGAGUGGGACAAUGAAUAUCCCAGUAGAGAGUGUGGGAUCAAUCACUGCAAUCCUCUGCCUGGGGACAAGCCGCUCUACCUCACCUAGAACCACAGACGUACUUGCAAAUGAAGGCUGAAGGAAUGGACAUUUCAGAGAGUCUAAAAGCACUGGACAUAUAGAACAAGAAUGGCAUGGUCACCAAGACAAGCAGACUUAAGUGGUUGUUUCUUCUUAAGCCUCUGAAAAGCGGCUUUGUUUGCAGACGUGUACUUGGUGAAGCGAGCAGCCAAAACCCCCGUAACUUGUAGAGAUCAAAAUGGACACCUCUUACCGCCUCCUUAUUUGUUACGGAAAGCAUGAAGAUGAAUAGCCUGUGAGAGGGGACUUCCCUUUCAGAGCUCAUCUGGGCAUAUGUAAAGAGGUUUGUGAAUAUUGUAUAUUUGAUAUUUCCCCGCCUCCCCCACCAAAACAAAUACUGGUUUGUAUAAGGGGGAGGGCAGUGACAAAUACCUAAAUAAAUUGUGCAAAUAUACAAAAAAAAAUCUGAAAAUAAAAUGUGAUAAAAAAAAUAAUGAAAAAUGUAAUUUGUUGAAUAGUUGUAAGUAGAUUUAUCAUGUGGUUUAGGACUGUGCUAAAGACAUCUUAACAAUUUUUUUUUGUGUAUAGAAAUUAAAGGCGUAGCUUACUUUAUAGUAAAAGCAUUUUAUAUUAAUUGUAGCACAUUUUUUUAGUUAUACAUAGGAUGUGUAAAAUACUGCCAAAUGUUUUUGGUUUUUUUCCUUACGUUUUAUUUUUACAGUAAGAAAAUCAUUUCUAUCUGUGCUGAGUCAUGAAGUUAUUCUAUUUUUUUCCGGUCAUAAUUUCACCUUAUUCUAAAUGUUGACAAUUUUAUUUAUGGGAAG